AUGCUACUAGGCUUACGAGAUAACUAUCUGGAAGUGCAGUCGGCACUAAGUAACAGAAGUGGAGAAGUGAAAGAUACAGCAAUACCGCCUCCACUGCCACCUCCACCCCCUCCGCUUCGUGUACUCGAAUCUUCGCCAAAGCGCGUCAAAGUUCGACCGCAUUCAGAACCUAUUAUGAGUCCAGCUGAGCCUGUGGAUACAGACUCCGAUUCAGAAUUCGAUAGCGACUCUCAUCCACUUCUAUCAGGCAAAAAAGCUGUUUUGUGUGAAGAACAGUCUAAACCGUGUGGGCAUUAUGCGUUUACAAGAAGAUAUCGUGCGAUUCCAACGGCGGUUGCUACAAAUACUUCACUAUUGAACGAACGCAAUUUGAACAGUACAGCAACAGUCUCAAUUGACAGUGCCAUUGGCUCACCGUUGUGGUCAGCGGGAACGACGUGUGCUCUGCCAGAUUCGGAGGUCAACGACCAAGGAGGAUCAUCAUCACUCUACAAACGUCGUUCAAUUAAUGGGCAUUGGGUCUAUCCGGAAACACAAAAACCUUUCAAAAAUGUUGACGGGAGAAAAAGCGUGGAGAGUGGUGUGUAUGGCAAUAGCCCACUGGGUGGGCAUUAUGUUAAUGUCAGCACGCAAGAGACAUCAACGGAAAAAGGUAAUUCUCAUUUACAAAUGAUUAGCAGUCAUGUUAGUACGAUCACGUGUUUUAAUGCGAUUUUGCAUCUUAUGCAAAUGCAACCCAGGCUGGAACGCACCGGACGGGCGCGUGCGAUCAUGCGUUUUUGCACCGGACUUGAAGUACUCAGGUCAUUGAUUGCAUGA